UGAAUGGAUGGCGGCUGGCGGGGAAGCGGGGGAAGAAAGGGGGCGAGGGCUGACUAGAAGAAUUGCCGAUGAAGCCACACGCCAAAAGCCAGCCCACAAGCCUCUGCCCCACAGCUCUCAGCUUUUCUUUUGUUUUUUUUUUCUUACUCAUCGUUGUUUUUCGUUUUCUGCUGCCGGACUCCAUGUGGAGUGGAGUGGAUGUUUCUGCGGAUUUGGAUGUGGGGCUCUGGAUGUGGGUGCGCAAUUAUGCCGCCAGAGCAACUGAGCAGCCAUAAAUUUUCUUAUCAGCGCCAGGCCAAAAAGACAGGAGCGGUUUGGAGUGGAUUCAAAAUGGGGAACCACUAGGAGCUUGAAAAACCCAAGUUAAGUGGGCUAUGCUUUUGUUUUACCCUAACACACACAUAUUGCACACACAUCUACUCAGACCUAGAUCUACAAUUUGUUAAAAAUAAAAUAAAAUACCGAAUGGAUAAGGUGAAGAUGAAACUUUCCAAUGACGGCGAACCAAGGGAUUAUCCGCUCGACGAGGAUUUCCAUCUGCUGCGCAACCUGGGCGACUGUCACAAGGCCAAUCUGGCGGACAUAGAUGUCAUAGCGCGAACGACCACCAAAUGUCAGCUUGCAGGAGAUCCGAUUAUUUCGACGGGCUAUCAGAGGAUAGUCACUUCCUUGGAUCGGGCACCAGUUGAUGAGGAAACCGACUCACAGGAGGAGGAGAUGGAACUACUGCCAUACGGAAUGGGCGAGGAGGGCAUAACCACCGACGAGGAGACGAAAACCCUGAUUGCCAUUCAGGGUCUGGACGAGAUACUGAAAAGAAUCGAUAUACUGCGUAGUCAGCUGCGCAGGAAUCUGCAAUUGGAGGAUAUGAGCCAACCAUCGGAAGCGCCGGAGGAUCCGAUCUCCUGCAGUGGCCUGAAUGCGAAGCAAUCGGAGAUACGCUGCAUCCAACGUGCCCAGCAUCACAUCCAGUGCCAACUAACCGAACUCCUGUGCCGCUACGAUGCGCUCCGGAAUAUGUUGCGCAGUUUGGGCGAAACGUGGACGUGUCUGGAGCGACGUAUUGCCGAUAUUCGCGGCCAGAAUCUCGUCCACUUGGCCUGGACUGAGGAGUGCGCCAACGAUCUUAGCAACUGCCAGCGGAGACAUCGCUCCUUGGCCGCCGUCAAGCUCACCAAAAAGAUGGCCCUGCUCGUGACCAAGACGAACAUGUCCAGUGGCUUUCGCUAUAGCCGUCGAUAUCUGCGUCACGCCCUGAUCGCCCGACAUAUCAACGACUUUCGCUACGAGAUCGCCGAGUUGAAGGUUUUAAGCGAGGAAAUCUUCUCCGAAAUCGAUGGGCGACUGGACCAGAUCAAGAUGAAGGCUGAACGAUUCGGAGUCGUAUUCUCAACCACGCCGCGACAAUCGCAUCUAAUCGCCGAGGGAACUGGCAACACUGAGCUAACCGAGCUAACUGAUGCCACUGAAGCGUUCACCGUUCCAAGGAGCACUAAUCCAAAGUAACAAGUUGAAGGGCACAUAAAGGACGCACAUUAUGUUGAUUAGGAAAUAAAAUAGGAAAAUCAUUAAGUUAUAAUAAACCC